AUGGCCGAGGAAGGCCUAGCUGCCCCUGGUAUAAUGGAUGUUAACACCACUCUAAAAGAAGUGCUGAAGAAUGCACUCAUCCAUGAUGGACUAGCUUGUGGAAUUCGUGAAGCCCCCAAAGCCGUGGACAAACGCCAAGCCCAUCUUUGUGUUCUUGCUUCGAAUUCUGAUGAAUCUAUGUAUAUAAAAUUGGUUGAAACCCUGUGUGCUGAGCACCAAAUUAACUUGAUCAAGGUUGAUGACAACAAGAAGUUGGGUGAAUGGGUAGACCUCUGUAAAAUUGACAGAGAGGGGAAGCCCUGCAAUGUGGUUGGCUGCAGUGGUGUUGUUGUUAAAGACUAUGGCAAGGAAUCUCAGGACAAAGAUGUCAUCAAAGAAUAUUUUGGAAGGCAUUAG